UAUCGAAAGGAGGCGUUUCAAUAAUUUUUUGUUAAAUUGCUUAAUUCUACUAAAACCUAUAUAAAAUGAUUCGCUUCAUUCUCAUUCAGAAUAGAGCUGGGAAAACAAGACUAGCAAAAUGGUAUAUGAAUUUCGAUGAUGACGAGAAACAAAAGCUUAUUGAAGAAGUCCACGCAGUAGUUACGGUCCGAGACGCAAAACACACCAAUUUUGUUGAGUUCCGCAACUUCAAGAUAGUGUACAGGAGAUACGCCGGGCUUUACUUCUGCAUAUGUGUGGAUGUGAACGACAACAACUUGUGCUACUUGGAGGCCAUUCACAACUUCGUGGAAGUGCUCAACGAAUAUUUCCACAACGUCUGCGAGCUCGAUCUCGUCUUUAACUUUUAUAAGGUUUACACAGUGGUGGAUGAAAUGUUCUUAGCGGGAGAAAUCCGGGAGACAUCACAAACUAAGGUACUGAAGCAGCUUCUCAUGCUCAACUCACUAGAAUAGUCUUAAGGAAUGCAAUCUCAUUAUAUGAUGGUGUUUGUAUGUAUGUUGUCCUGAUAGGAACUUGUAGUAAUUUAUAUACACACUCUGUUAGCAAUUAGCAUAGAUGAUGCAUAAUGAAUAAAUGAAGCAAACUCUACUACAUAAAUUGUUCAAAUUUAGUUAUACAGUAUACAGUACUUCAGUUUGAUUGUGAAAAUGAAUACAUAUUAUAGUAUAGAAGCCUCUAGUGAACAC